UCUUUUACUUAUUGAUCAAAACAAAGAAAAAAAAAACUUUUCUUUUCCUUUCACAUUUAAAACAACAAAAGUAUUAAAAAACUAAUAAGGGUGAGGAAACGUAUUUGGAGCUUUUGAGCAUGAAAUUGAGUGUUGAGGAGUUUUUAUUUCCCAGAACAAUUAGAAUUUUUUAUUUGCUUAAAACUGAAAUCUCUCACCCCUCUCGUCUCUAAACCCAUUUCUCAUUACCUAUAAAAAUAUCAAUUCUAUUAAACCCAUUUCUCCAAUCUCUUUCUCGAUCUGAAAAUCAAUUUCUAUCCCAAAUUCAUCUCAGUAAGGUUACAAAACAAGAAUAAAUACUCGGUAGCUAUACACACACGUAGCCUUUUCGAUUCUGAUAGACCAAUGCAAGGGAAGCAACCACUUUUCUCUUUUGGAGUCAUCUCCGAUGUCCAGUAUGCUGAUAUUCCUGAUGGUCGCUCCUACCUUGGUGUUCCUAGGUAUUACAGGCACAGCAUGUUAGUUCUGCAAAGGGCAGUUAGAAAUUGGAACAACCCAGGUAAAUUCAAAUUUGCAGUCAAUCUAGGAGAUAUAGUUGAUGGUUAUUGCCCCAAAGAGGAUUCUCUAAAGGCUGUUGAGAAAGUUGUUUCUGAAUUCGAGAAAUUCAAUGGGUCUGUCCACCACAUGAUUGGGAAUCAUUGUCUUUACAAUCUUCCUCGCAAGGACCUACUUCCUUUAUUGAAGAUUCCAACUUUGGAUGGUUCUGCAUACUAUGACUUUUCUCCGACCCCAGAGUACAGAUUUGUAGUUCUAGAUGGGUAUGACAUCAGUGCCAUUGGUUGGCCGCAGGAUCAUCCAAAAACACUGCAGGCCUUGAAGAUUCUGCAAGAGAAGAAUCCAAAUACAGAUAAAAACAGUCCAUCUGGAUUAGUGGGACUUGAGAGAAGGUUCCUGAAGUUUAAUGGGGGUAUCAGCGAAGGACAGUUGAAGUGGCUUGACGAGAUACUUCAGGAUGCUACUAAGAAUGGACAGAAGGUUGUUGUAUGUUGCCACAUGCCCUUAGAUCCUGGUGCAUCAAGCAAGACAGCACUUUGCUGGAAUUACGAUGAAGUGAUGGAAAUUAUUCACAAAUAUGACUGUGUGAAGGUAUGCUUAGCAGGUCACGAUCACAAAGGUGGAUACUAUAUCGAUUCAUAUGGGAUUCACCAUAGGGUUCUUGAAGCUGCACUAGAGUGUCCACCAGGCUCAGAUGCAUUUGGAUACGUGGAUGUCUACGAUGACAGAUUAUGUCUUCUGGGUAUGGAUCGGAUGCGUAGUACUGAAAUGGUUUUCAAUUCGUAAAGAAACCUCCACAGUGGAAAUAUUAGCAUAAUCAUUUUCAUUUAACUAGUUUGAAUCCUUGGAAAAACGGGAGAAAGAGAGAGACUGAAUUUGCAUAGGUAUCAAUAGCUCCACAAUUACAUAUAGAUGACAUUGAAAGUUAUUACAGAGGUAGAAUGAUGUUCAAAAUUGAAAUGUACAAAUUUGAUGUCCUUUCAUAUCUUUGGUGGUCUGCAAUUCUAUUCUCAAGUGCCAAUGAGCCAAUAAUACCACCAUGUAAUUAUAGCUUAUUACGUGAGAUAUGCAUACCUUAAUGUCUGUGUCUUUCA